AUGGCUGACUGGCUGACUGUCACUCCCUAUUCUCUCACGGAGACAGACGGAGAGUACGGAGAGAGAGAGUGGGCGUACAGCCAGAGCAGCUCCCGUGUGUACUGGCUGACACCGACUUCCCCUGGGUCCUGUAUCAACCACUACCCUUCCCCUGGGUCCUGUAUCCACCACUACCCUUCCCCUGAGUCCUGUAUCAACCACUACCCUUCCCCUGGGUCCUGUAUCCACCACUACCCUUCCCCUGGGUCCUGUAUCAACCACUACCCUUCCCCUGGGUCCUGUAUCAACCACUACCCUUCCCCUGGGUCCUGUAUCCACCACUACCCUUCCCCUGGGUCCUGUAUCAAACACUACACUUCCCCUGGGUCAUGUAUCCACCACUACCCUUCCCCUGAGUCCUGUAUCCACCACUACCCUUCCCCUGGGUCCUGUAUCCACCACUACCCUUCCCCUGUGUCCUGUAUCCACCACUACCCUUCCCCUGUGUCCUGUAUCCACCACUACCCUUCCCCUGUGUCCUGUAUCCACCACUACCCUUCCCCUGUGUCCUGUAUCCACCACUACCCUUCCCCUGUGUCCUGUAUCCACCGCUACCCUUCCCCUGGGUCCUGUAUCCACCGCUACCCUUCCCCUGUGUCCUGUAUCCACCACUACCCUUCCCCUGUGUCCUGUAUCAAACACUACACUUCCCCUGGGUCCUGUAUCAAACACUACACUUCCCCUGUGUCCUGUAUCCACCACUACCCUUCCCCUGUGUCCUGUAUCCACCACUACCCUUCCCCUGGGUCCUGUAUCCACCACUACCCUUCCCCUGUUCCCUGUAUCCACCACUACCCUUCCCCUGUGUCCUGUAUCCACCACUACCCUUCCCCUGUGUCCUGUAUCCACCACUACCCUUCCCCUGUGUCCUGUAUCCACCACUACCCUUCCCCUGUUCCCUGUAUCCACCACUACCCUUCCCCUGGGUCCUGUAUCAACCACUACACUUCCCCUGUUCCCUGUAUCCACCACUACCUGUUCCCUGUAUCCACCACUACCCUUCCCCUGUGUCCUACUUCCCCUGUGCCCUGUAUCCACCACUACCCUUCCCCUGUGUCCUGUAUCCACCACUACCCUUCCCCUGUGUCCUGUAUCCACCACUACCCUUCCCCUGUGUCCUGUAUCCACCACUACCCUUCCCCUGUGUCCUGUAUCCACCACUUCCCUUCCCCUGUGUCCUGUAUCAACCACUACCCUUCCCCUGUGUCCUGUAUCCACCACUACCCUUCCCCUGUGUCCUGUAUCCACCACUACCCUUCCCCUGUGUCCUGUAUCCACCACUACCCUUCCCCUGGGUCCUGUAUCAACCACUACCCUUCCCCUGGGUCCUGUAUCAAACACUACCCUUCCCCUGUGUCCUGUAUCCACCACUACCCUUCCCCUGUGUCCUGUAUCCACCACUACCCUUCCCCUGUGUCCUGUAUCCACCACUACCCUUCCCCUGGGUCCUGUAUCCACCACUACCCUUCCCCUGUGUCCUGUAUCCACCACUACCCUUCCCCUGGGUCCUGUAUCCACCACUACCCUUCCCCUGGGUCCUGUAUCCACUGCUAG